CAUAAUAUACAUAUACAAAUAUAAAGAUUUUAAUAUAUUUUAAGUGUAAUUAACACCUUUGUUUGACCGAAAUAUGUAAACUGUUCAGAAAAAUAAGGGAAAUAUGAACAAAUGUAAGAGAAAAUAAGGUGUGGAAACAUGCAUUAUAAGAGAGAAGAAAAGUUGUAUUUCUUUACCGCCUUCAUUUGUACAAUCAGAUACUACAUUAUGGCUUCGUCAUGUUUCUAUUAAAAUGAAAAAAAAAACAACUUUUGAAGUAUUUUGCUAUUUAAUACUUGUUUUUGUUGAUAGAUACAAAUAUUAGAAAAAGAUAGUGUUUGUUAACCAAAACAUAAAAUUAUAUAGUUGGUUUUUCAAAUUCAAUUGAUUAUUAAAUGUUGAUUAUCUAAACUUCACUAUAUUAAGUUCUAAUAAAAAUAAAAAUUAAUUGAUCAGAUUUAAUCAAAUAUUAUUUUUUUAAAUUACAAUAUAUGUCACUCUCCGAACGUAAGUAUACUGCUGCUACACAUAUAUAUUGCAAAAAUAUUAUUGAAUAAAAAAAGAAAAAAUUAAAAGAAGAUAGAGAUAGCUACAUAAAUGAUCAUUAAAAUAAAAUAAAAAUAUUUAAAGAAGAUAGAUAUAACUACACUAAUUGAUCAUUAAUUAACUUUUUUGUUUGUAAAAAAGAGUGUCCACCAUGACACCUUGUAAAUUUUCCAAAUGCUUAUGUGACAACAAACUACUUUUGAAUUGUCAUAAUAUUAUGUAUAGAUAGGGGCGCGUGAGGGAGCGGAGCAGCAGAGGAGAGAGAGUUGCGUCAGUCACGGUCACGGUCACGGUCACGACGGAAGCGGCGGAGGAAGAGAGAGACGGGGAGAAGUAGAACAGUCAGCAGCAGUAUUAUAAUCACUACCGUCCACAAAGUCACAAACGCAGUGGAGUUUUCAGUAGCGAGCAUAGCAAUUAGCAAAGCAGCCCGCAGUAGAAGAGAUUUUAAGAGAAUCGAGCAGUUCCCCCCAACGACCCAAAUAUCUAAUUCCUAAUCUAUAGCGACGCAAUCCCUCCACCCUCGCACCUAACUCUUCUCCCUUGUUUCGCUUCCGCAGACACGCCAUUCAUCGCCUAGCUCGUCUCUUGAAAAUUUACGACCCCCAGAUACCAAAACUGUCCCCUGUCUCCCGAUUUUGUUCUUGGGUUUUGAUAAAUUUGGCAACCUGGGUCCGCCGAGCUCCUCUUCAUCUCCCUCAGCCAUGGACGUUGAUCCUCCUAAUUACGACCACGUUACAAUCAAUGACAGUGAUGUCCACAGUAUUGUUCUUUCGUACUUGGUCCACAAUUGCUACAGAGAAACGGUGGAGUCAUUUGCUGCUAGCACGGGGAUGAAUCAGCCUGCUGAUUAUCUGGAUGGCAUAGAGAAGCGGAAAAAAAUUUUUGAGUGUGCACUAGAGGGAAAUGCACUCAAGGCGAUCGAUCUGACGGAACAGCUGGCACCCGAUCUACUAGAGAGCAACAAGGACUUGCAUUUUGACCUCUUGAGCCUUCAUUUCGUUGAGCUUGUUUGCUCCAGGAAGUGCAAUGAAGCCCUGGAAUUUGCUCAGACCAAGCUUACUCCAUUCGGGAAGGUGCAGAAGUACGUUGAAAAGCUUGAAGACUUCAUGGCGCUACUUGCAUAUGAGGAGCCAGAGAAAUCUCCAAUGUUUCAUCUUCUCAGCUUGGAGCACCGUCAGCAAGUUGUCGACAGUUUGAACCAAGCUAUUCUUGCACACGCAAAGCUUCCAAGCCACACUCCAAUGGAGAGGUUGAUACAACAGACAGCAGUGGUCAGGCAACUUCUGAAUCAAGAUCACGCCAAGGAUGGGCAUCCACCAUUUGCGUUAAAGGACUUUCUCAAUGGCUAAGGCUGUGUGGGGAAGUGUUGGAACCAUCGCGGCAAGAUGUAAACACCGGUCAGCUAGCAUGUCAACGCCGCCAAAUUGGUUCUGGGUAUAUAUAUAGUCAUUAGUCAGUCGCCACGGUCUCACACAUCAGUUAGAAGUUGCUUGUGCAACGAGUUCAGCUCUGAUUUGUGUUCUGGCCAAGCGCUACUCAUCUGGAUUCAGCCUUAGAUGAAAUCAGAGAUGAAAGCUUCAAUCAGUCUUAGAUGACUGGCAUUUCGGAUCACUAUGGCUUGAAAAUGAGUUUUUUCUUCUUGGCUUGUUAGGUUUCACUGUGGGCAAUGAGAUUGCAAGAGGCUAUCUGCAGUUUGUCAAUUCAGAAUAUAAAGCUGUGUUGGCUUAUUUCUAAAAGCAAAUGUCGCUUGUAGUUGUAGGUUGAUGCUUUGGAGUUGAACCAGCUCAUUAGAUUUUGUUAUAACAGCAACCUCGACUAUGGAAAUUUUGAGGCUUAAAGGCUAAAGCACUCAGACUCAGUUGAUGGGCUUGAAGUCCAGUAGUUCAUGGAGUUUAGUUGAGAGGCAAACCCGUUCCAUAUAUUUACACGUACAAAACGAUCACCCGCCAUUUUUCUGUUACUAAGAAACCCGCCUAAACCCAACGAACUGCCUCCGCAGUUCUCUAAAGAUAAUGCUCUCCGCCUCUCCCUAUCUGCUUUCCAGCCAUCUUCCUUUCUCCGGCCACGGCGGCGACCGGAGGCUCUUCCACCGUCCACAUUAUUCAUAAAAGUCUUUGUCUCUCUUUCCAUACCUCGGUCCGUCUUGGUCUGCAGUUCGGUCUUCUUUCCACCCCCUCCUCGAAAUUGCAGGCUACGUGUUUGUUGAAAUGCCGCACUGAAUACCUGAGCCCUGCUGCUCUUCUUCCCUCGCAGUAUUUUUCGAGAAGUUAGGAUUUUACAAAGUCGAAGCAGGCUCCUCCAGACACGAACCCUGAUGAUAUGUGGUGCAAGAUAGUGGCUUGAAUGCUAAACCACUUUGCUUUAAUUUCUGUAACUGCUAUAGUGUUUCGUGGGAUUUUUCUGACAGAUUUAGCUUGUUGGACGAACCAGAGCAUAAGAAGAAAAAGCUAAUGACACCAACCAGUAAUGUUCUGAGUGAUGAUAGUCGAUGCUAACGAUCGAGUCCUGAUUGCUUUACCUAGAGAAUAAUUAUGAUAUGCAUUGGAUAGUUUAAGUAGGUCAACAAUAUCUCUUGCCUCGGCCGUCUUGAUGGUGAUCCAGUGGCAGAUCUGAGAUGCAUUCAUCUUCAGCAGCAUUGGCAGAUCUGCUUGGUCUUAUAGUAGGUGUUCAUGGUAUGAUGAGAGUUCAGGUUUUAAUCCACCAAUCAAUUCCAGGCUUCUCGUGACUAAAAAUCCUGACAUCUCUCUUACUGCACAGGGUCUUUUACGAAAUUUUCCAAGGCACCUUAGGAGGACUCGGGUGCUUGUUCAUGUCGUCGAUGCAGCUGUAGAGGACCCUGUGAAUGACUAGAGAAUCGUGAAGAGAAACAGGGUAUCUUGAGAAAUCUAUGGAUUCCACUUCACUGGUUGUCUCCUUGAUAUGAACUAAAUCGACCCUGUAAUGUUGCGGGCAGGAAUUGAGGAUGUACAAUCCCAGAAAUGGUGCCCGAAAGCAAGUGAUGAAUUGGUUCCUCAUAAUUGUGAUGUAAGAGAGGAUAAAGAUGUAGAGAGGACUAUGCUCGCCCCUUUUGCUGUUGUGGGAGUUGGUGUUGUGUAAGUUUUUGCUCAAAUUUUCAUCCAUUGUUCUUGAACACGAAGUCUCCUGUCAUAAUUCUGACAUUCUUCGCUUGUUGUUUCCAGGAAAGGAGUCAGGUUAAAGGAGAAGUUGAAGCAGAUUCGAGCUGCUUCAACUUGAAACACAAAACCAAGAGGUCCAAAUGAGUCCACCAUUCGAGCUAUUGGGCUAUAAUAAUCCUGUUACCAUGUAAGAUGAACUCUGUGAAUACUAAAUUGUAAUGUGAUCG